AUGGAAACUAGUUAUUUAACCCAAUCUAAUUCAAAUUAUUGUUCGUCUUGCCGCACGAUAAAACAAAUCAAUGAAUUCGAAAAUAAUAACAAAACAUGUAUCGAAUGUCUAACCCGUGUAAAUAAAGGCAAAAAACGGAAACUUCAAGAGCGAAAUAUGGACGAUAUUCGUGAAAUGCAAGAAAAUGCUAUAGAACCUGAAGAACUCGAAGAUGUAGUUUAUAAAAAACUGAUGGAUAACAUUGAAGAUGAGAGUUCUCGAAUGGAACUUAAC